UGGUAACAUCAUCAUCAUCAUCAUCCAGCCCAGCACCAGCGGCACCUCCCGGCGCCUCGACGGCCUCGUAAGUGCCACGGUACCGACUCGCCGGUGCUGUUACUGUGUGCAGUAGCCGGCGUCAAGGACUCGAUCGCUGCCCGGGACCAAAGCGGAGCGCCGUGCUCCUCCAGGGGACAAAACCCUCCGUCCUCGGCGACGUCCGGUGCGAGAGGAGCGACCCAGCAUUGGCGCACAAGCUUGAAGGGCGUCGGGCGCCAUGGCGAAUGCCUCCCCAGACCUGGACAACGCCGAAGCCCAGCGCCAGCUCAACAACAACAACCGGCCUAUCAGCUCGGGGUUCUGGGAGACGGAGUGUACCAGCGCCAAGCUGUUUGAGUGCUCCCGCAUCAAGGCCCUGGCAGAUGAGCGAGACGCCGUGCAGAAGAAGACUUUCACCAAGUGGGUCAACUCUCACUUGGCCAGGGUUUCCUGUCGCAUAUCCGACCUCUACAACGACCUCCGGGAUGGCUACAUGCUCACGCGACUACUGGAGGUCCUCAGCGGGGAGCUGCUGCCGAGGCCGACGCGGGGCCGCAUGCGCAUACACUGUUUGGAGAACGUGGACAAAGCCCUGCAGUUCCUCAAAGAGCAGAGAGUUCACCUGGAGAACGUGGGCUCCCAUGACAUCGUGGAUGGGAACCACCGGCUCACGCUGGGCCUCAUCUGGACCAUCAUCCUUCGCUUCCAGAUCCAGGUGAUCAAGAUAGCCACAGCGGACAACAGAGAGACGCGCUCCGCCAAGGAUGCGCUGCUGCUCUGGUGCCAGAUGAAGACGGCAGGGUACCCUGAGGUCAACAUCCAGAACUUUACCAGCUGCUGGAGGGACGGCCUCGCUUUCAACGCGCUCAUACACAGACACAGACCAGAUCUGAUCGAGUUCCACAAGCUGACGAGAUCCAACGCGACUCACAACCUGCAGCAGGCCUUCAACAUCGCAGAGCAGAGCCUGGGCCUCACCAAACUACUGGACCCGGAGGAUGUGAACACGGAGAACCCAGAUGAAAAAUCCAUCAUCACCUAUGUGGUCUCCUAUUACCACUACUUCUCCAAGAUGAAGGCUCUUAUUGUGGAGGGCAAGAGAGUCGGCAAGGUGCUGGACAACUGCAUCGAGGCGGAGAAGCUGGUGGGCCGCUACGAGGCGCUGGCGUCUGACCUGCUGGACUGGAUCGAGAAGACCAUCGCGGUCAUCAGCAACCAGAAGUUUGCCAACUCGCUGACCGGAGUUCAGCAGCAGCUUCAAGCCUUCACCACCUACUGCACCAUCGAGAAGCCUAUCAAGUUCCAGGAGAAGGGGAACCUGGAGGUUCUUCUCUUCACCAUCCAAAGCAAACUGAGAGCCAACAACCAGAAAGCCUACAUUCCUCAUGAAGGAAAACUCAUCUCCGACAUCAACAAGGCGUGGGAGCGUCUGGAGAAGGCAGAGCAUGAGAGGGGUGUGGCCCUGCGCAAGGAGCUGAUUCGCCAGGAGAAGCUGGAGCUGCUAGCUCAGCGCUUUGACCACAAGACCACCAUGAGACAGGCGUGGCUCAACGAGAACCAGAGGCUUGUGUCGCAGGACAAUUUUGGCUAUGACCUGCCAGCGGUGGAGGCCGCCAUGAAGAAGCACGAGGCCAUCGAGGCGGACAUCGCCUCCUACGAAGAGCGAAUCGGCGUGGUGGUGGAACUGGCGGCAGAGAUGGAGGUGGAAGGCUACUACGACAUCCGCCGCAUCGCCGCCCGCAAGGAGAACAUCCUGGGACAGUGGAGUCUACUGAAGGAACUGGUGGCAGGGAGACGGAUCCGGCUGGAGAAGAACCUGGCGCUGCAAAAGACGUUCCAGGACAUGGUGUACAUGAUCGACUGGAUGGAGGAGACUCAGUUUCAGCUGCUGUCGAAGGACUUUGGCAAGCAUCUUCUGGAGGUGGACGACCUGCUGCAGAAGCACAGCCUGCAGGAAGCUGACAUCGGCGUGCAGGCUGAGAGGGUGAAGACGCUCAAUGCCGCUGCGCUCAAAUUCACCACCAUAGAGGGCUACCAACCAUGUGACCCGCAGGUGAUCUGUAACCGGGUCAACCACGUCUCGUCUUGUCUGGAGGAGCUGAAGCAGCUGGCGGACAAAAGACACGUCGAGCUGGAGGAGUCGAGGCAGCUGUGGGCCUUUUUCCAGGAGCUGGAGGAGUCCGAGGCCUGGAUCCGGGAGAAGAGCUCCAUCCUGGGAGCGCAAGGUUAUGGGAAGGACCUAAGCAGUGUGCUGAAAUUACUCCAGAAACACAAGACUCUGGCUGGGGAACUGCUGGCUCACCGCUCCUUGCUGCAGACGACCAUGCAGCGAGGGCAGCAAAUCCUGAGCGAGAAGAGCAUCGACACGGCGGGCAUCCAGGAGCGCAUCAUGGACGUGAAGGACGAGUGGAAGACGCUGGAGGACCAGGCGGCCCAACGUCUCGGCCACCUGCAGGAGGCACUCAACUUUUUUCAGUUCUCCACCGAGACGGACGACCUGGUGGUCUGGCUGCAGGACGCCUACCGGCUGGUGUCCAGCGAGGACUUUGGCCACGACGAGUACUCCACACAGUCGCUCCUGAAGAAGCACCGAGGGGUCAGCGAGGACGUGGACAAACAUCGGCUGCACGUGGUGGCACUGCGCAAACACAUGGUGGUGCUGCCUCUGCGGUACCGUGAACAAGAGGAGGUGCAGGUGAGGAUGCUGGAGGUGGAGCAGCUGUACACGGAGGUGGUGGAGGUGGGUGUGCUCCGCCAGCAGUGGCUUCACGACGCCCUCGCCGUCUACCGCAUGUUCAGCGAGGUCAACGCCUGCGAGCUGUGGAUCGAUGAGAAGGAGCAGUGGCUGAACAAGAUGGAGAUUCCUGAGAAGCUGGAGGAUGUGGAGGUGGUGGCGCACAGAUUCGAGUCCCUGGACCAGGAGAUGAACAGCCUGAUGGGAAGGAUCCUGGACGUGAACCAGAUAGUCCAGCAGCUUCUGGAUGGAGGUCAUCCGUCCUCUACAGAGGUCAGAGGAUGUCAGGACCACCUCAACUCCAGGUGGAACAGCAUUGUGAGUCUGGUGGAGCAGAAGAAGGACCAGCUGGACUCCAUGUUGCGUCUGCAGAACUACCUCCUGGAGUGCGUUGAGAUCAAAUCCCAGGUCCAGGAGAAGCGGAAGGCCAUCGACGCCACUCAGUACGCAGGCAGCGACCUGGGCGGGGUCCUGGCUCUGCAGAGACGUCUCUCCACCAUGGAGGGGGCGCUGUCCGUACUGGAGCCCAAACUGAUGCACCUGCAGGAGGAGGCAGAGCAUCUGGCCACCGCCCACCCGGGUCGGGCCACGGAGGUUCUCCUGCCCUUUGAUGGUAUCAGUGUUGAGUGGGAGGAGCUUAAGCGGACCCUGCAGGGGUGUGAGGACUCACUGACUGUGGCUAGCAGGCUGCAGAGCUUCAUUCAGGACUUGGAUUUGUUUCUCACCUGGUUGGUCCAAACGCAGACGGCUGCUGCCUCAGAUCAGCUGCCCAAUGACCUGGAAGAAGCCGAGAGGCUCAUCAACAAACACGCCGCCCUCAAGGAGGAGAUUGGCCGGUACGAAGAAGACUACGAGCGUCUGCAGGCAAUGAAUGAGCUGCUGGAGUCGGAGGAGGCGCCGCUGCCUCAGGCCGCCCUGCAGCAGUGGCUCCAGAAGCUGGACGUGGGCUGGAACAAACUGCUGGAGAUGUGGGAGAGCAGGAGAGAAGUCCUGGUGCAGGCUCACAUCUUCCAUCUGUUUCUGCGAGACGUCAAGCAGGCCGAGUCCUUCAUCAACAACCAGGAGUCGGCGUUGGCCCACGUGGAGCUUCCGACCACGGUGGAGACGGUGGAGGCGGCCAUCAAGAAGCACAAGGACUUCACCACCACCAUGGAGCUCAACCUGCAUCGCAUCAAGGCCGUGAUUGAGGCGGGAGAAAGCCUGAUCAGCCAGAGCAACAUCUACUCGGAGCGCAUCAGGGAGCGCGUCGACACGCUCGCCAACAGGGGCAACCAGAACCGAGAGCAGGCCCAGCAGUGGUUGGAAAAGCUCAACGACCAGUGGGAGCUCCAGAGGUUCCUCCAGGACUGUCACGAGCUGGGAGACUGGGUGUGCGAGAAGAUGCUGAUGGCGAGGGACAGCAGCCGCGAUGAGACCCAGAAACUUCACAAGAAAUGGCUGAAGCACCAGGCCUUCAUGGCCGAGCUGGCCCAGAAUAAAGAAUGGCUGGAGAAGAUUGAACGGGAGGGCCAGCAGCUGAUCCAGGAAAAGCCGGAGCUUAGCCAGAUGGUCCGGAGGAAGCUGGAAGAGAUCCGGGAGUGCUGGCAAGACCUGGAGAGCACCACGCAGGCCAAAGCCCAGCAGCUCUUCCAGGCCAACAAGGCUGACCUCCUAGUGCAGAGCUACCACAGCCUAGACCAGAGGCUGGGCCAGCUGGAGGGACAACUGGCCUUUGUGGACCGAGGGCAGGACCUGAGCACCGUCAACAGACAGCUGAAGAAACUGCAGACCAUGGAGUCCCAGAUGGAGGAGUGGUACAAAGAGGUGGGGCAGCUGCAGGUGCAGGCGACCUCCAUACCGCAGCAGACACAGGUCAAGGAGACGGUUGCCGAGCAACAGGCGGCGGUGGAGGCCCGCAUGGUGCGCCUGAUCGAGCCCCUGAAGGAGAGAAGACGCCUCCUGCUGGCGUCCAAGGAAGUGCACCAAGUGGGACGGGACCUGGAGGAUGAAAUGUUGUGGGUGCAGGAGCGCCUCCCACUGGCCUUGAGUCAGGAGCACGGCUCCUCCCUGCAGUCGGUCCAGCAGCUCAUGAAGAAGAACCAGACACUCCAGAGGGAGCUUCAGGGCCACCAAGUCCGAGUAGAUGAGGUCCUGGAGAGGGCAGGGAUCAUUGCCUCCAUCCGCAGCCCCGAGGCCAACGCGGUGAGGGCAGGCCACGAGCAGCUGGCACAGCUGUGGGCUUUACUCUGGGCCGAGACCGAGCGAAGGCAGCUGGUCCUGGACGCCAUGUACCAGGCGCAGCAGUACUACUUCGACACGGCCGAGGUGGAGGCCUGGCUGAGCGAGCAGGAGCUGCACAUGAUGAACGAGGAGAAGGGGAAGGAUGAGCCGAGCACUUUGCAGCUGCUGAAGAAGCACCUUGUUCUGGAGCAGACCAUCGAGGACUACGCAGAGACUAUUGGCCUACUCUCUCAGCAAUGUCGGCAGCUGCUGGAGAUGGGACACCCUGACUGCGAGCAGAUCAGCAAGCGGCAGUCGCAGAUCGACCGCCUGUACGUGUCGCUCAAGGACCUGGUAGAGGAGAGGAAGAGCCGUCUGGAGCAGCAGUACUGGCUCUACCAGCUCAACAGGGAGGUGGACGAGCUGGAGCAGUGGAUCGCUCAGAGGGAGGUGGUGGCCAGCUCACCGGAACUGGGCCAAGACUUUGAGCACGUCACUCUGCUCCAGGAGAAGUUUACAGAGUUUGCGUCGGAGACGGGCAACGUGGGCCAGGAGCGAGUGACGGCCGUCAACCAGAUGGUGGAUGAGCUCAUCGACUACGGCCAUGCCGAAGCUGCCACCAUCGCCGAGUGGAAGGACGGUGUCAAUGAGUCCUGGGCCGACCUGCUGGAGCUGAUGGAGACCCGGGCGCAGAUGCUGGCCGCCUCACACCAGCUGCACAAGUUCUUCUCUGACUGCAGAGAAGUUCUGUGCCAGAUUGCGGACAAGCAUCGCAGGUUACCAGAGGUCCGUGGUCGUCAGAGCAGCACGUCCAACACCAGCACGCUGCAGAGGCUCCUGCACAGCUUUGAGCAGGACAUCCAGCUUCUGGUCACACAGGUGCGCCAGCUGCAGGAGAGCGCCGCCCAACUUAGGACGGUGUACGCAGGCGAGAAGGCGGAAGCCAUCGCCUGCCGCGAGCAAGAAGUCAUGCACUGCUGGAAGGAGCUGCUGACGUCCUGCGAGGAGUGUCGGGUACAGAUCACCACGGAGACGGACAAGCUGAGGUUCUUCAGCCUGGUCCGGGAUCAGAUCAUGUGGAUGGACUCUAUCAUCUGUCAGAUCGGGACGGGAGAAAAGCCGAGGGAUGUGUCGUCUGUGGAGGUAUUGAUGAACUAUCACCAGAGUCUGAAGAGCGAGGUGGACGCUCGCAGUCAGAGUGUGAUGGAAUGUAUUGAGAUGGGGAAGACGCUCCUGGCUGCUCGAAACCCCGCAGCCCAAGAGAUCAAGGAGAAGCUGGACAAGGUGGUUGCUAAGCAACAGGAGCUGUCUGAGAAGUGGGACAAGCACUGGGAGGUCCUACAGCAAUUGCUGGAGGUCCAUCAGUUCGCUCAGGAGGCAGUGGUGGCAGAGGCGUGGCUGACGGCGCAGGAGCCGCUGGUUAACAGCAAUGAACUCGGGGCCAGCGUCGACGAGGUGGAACAACUGAUAAGACGACAUGAAGCCUUUCGGAAAGCCGCCGCAACCUGGGAGGAGCGCUUCAGCUCACUGCGCCGCCUCACCACGGUGGAGAAGCUGAAAGCAGAGCAAAGCAAACAGCCAGCAACCCCUUUACUGGGUCGUAAAGUCUUCCUGGACCCACAAGAAGCCACACCAGCCCCCUCCACCCUUCCACGCCUCCCGCUGUCCCCCGUCAUGAGACAGACCAUCUAUGAACAAAACGAGGCCAGCACCCCUCCCUCGCCCUUGCCCACAACCCCCACGCCCUCCCCGUCUGCCGCCGCCCGCCGGCUGGGCUCCACAGUGGCCAGCUACAUGCCUGUGAUGAACGCCAGUGGUUAUCGUCACGGGGGUGUGAUGGGUGUGGCCGCAGGGCUCCGCCAACCCGCUCCUUCCUCCAUUUUGUCCGUCGCCACAGCCGCUAUGCUGGUCUCGGCCAAUCAGGCGCGAGAAAGCACCAGCAAGGUUCGCCUUCAGCCGUCAGCAGAGGUGGAUGCGAAACCGUCUCCGUAUCUACGGCAACCCAAAAUCAAACACCUGGAUGACGCGGUGACGCCGCUGGUAGUGGCCAGCAGGCUGGAGAAGGCCAGGGAGAAAGGCCGGGAGAUCAUGACCGAGAGAGCCGAGGUGGCUGUCAUGGCUGAGGUGGUUCUCCAGGAGCCAAACCGGGACAGGCUCCACGGAGACCCUGCCAGAGGGCCUCGUCCCUCCAGAACUAACCCUGAGCCGCAGGUCCAGACUCACACCUCCCACAGGGAGCACAGGUUGGAACGCCAGCUGUCCAGCGAGCAGCUGAUCCAAGCCCGCAGGGAUGAACUUCCUCAGGAGGUUUGGCGGGAACAGGCAGAGCGGCGGGAGAGGCGGACUCUGGAGAGGCAGACGUCCAGCGAGCAGGAGGGCCACGGGAGCCUCGAUGGACGGAGGAGGGACCGACACCGGCUGGAAAGGCAGGAGUCCAGUGAGCAUGACACCGGGAAGGAACAAUCUGACAGACGCUCAGGGGGAGGAGAGAGGAGAGCCACCAUGGCAGAAAUAGUGGAGCAGCUUCAGGAGAGAGAAGCAGCACAGGCCCGAGGCGAGGUGCCACGCCUGCCCAACGGCCUACCAGAGAAGUCUUCCCGUCCCGACCGGCCUCGAGCUCGGGACAGACCCAAGCCGCGGCGCCGACCACGGCCCAAAGAGGCGGGAGACACGACGCGGCGGUCCCGGUCGGCUCCUGCUCAGAGUGGCCCGGCGGCCCCGCAGCCGCCGGCCCACAGCGCUCACCACGAGGGCUUCCUCUUCCGCAAGCUGGACAUCGAGAGCCUGAAGAAGAGCACCAACAGCAGGUCCUGGGUCAACUUGUACUGCGUGCUGAACAAAGGAGAGUUGGGCUUCUACAAGGACGCCAAGAACACCACCACGGCAUACAACAACGAACCGCUGCUCAACCUGGCCCAGUGUCACUGUGACGUCACCAACGGAUACAAGAAGAAGAAGAACGUCUUUACGCUCAAGACAAAGGACGGCAGCGAGUUCUUGUUCCACGCAAAGGACGAGGAGGACCUGAAGACAUGGGUGAGCAGCAUCAGCAGCAGCAUCAGUGAGCACCAGGAGAUGGCCAAGUGGGGCAUGCCCCAAGCAACUACCUCAUCCACCGACGAGGGCACGCGGCGUGACGGCAGCAAGGCUGGCUCGGAGCGCGGCGGCGAGCGCUCGGACCGGGCCGACCGCAUCGAGCGGGUCGAGCGGGACAAGGAGAGGGACAAGGAGAAGGAGAAGGAGAAGGACAGGGGGCGGGAGAAGGACAGGGGUGAGAGGUCAGACCGGGGGGGGAAGGCGGAAGCAAAGCGCUCAGAAAAGAGCAGCAAGAAAAAAUGAUGGCCUGACUGGUUGAAGCACCACAUGCCCCGCCCCCUUUUUUCUCCCUCCAAUAUGGAUGGAAGCUGACGUGCAGGAAGGAAGAACUUACGCAAAUGACUUCUUCUUCUCUUCCUGCCUCUCCAUGACGAGGCUCCGCCCCCUGCUGUCCGCCCAGAGAAGUGCGGAGGAAGACGAUCGCUGUUAGCGAGAUAGAAGCUAAAGUAGCUUGCGCUGUCCCAUCAUUGUUUGUAUGUGCGUGUGCGUGUGUGCGCUUUAGUAGAGGAAGCCCACUAUGCCAAACUGAAUGAUUGGAUAAAUGCUAACAUGCUACUCCUGUUUGACUGUUAUCACAACCACUGUUUGAUCUCAAUCACACACACCCGCUCUCUUAUCAUCCCCCCCAAAUCAGUGGAAUCAUUUCAAGGGGCUUUCUUAAAGGGAAUCUUGUUUGUGCGUCUGUCAUAGCUCUCAGGUUUCUUACACUGUUGUCAGCUUCGCGUGUUCAAUCGUCUUCCAGGCACGUGCGAGCAUCUGCAGAGAGGUCGCGACCCGAUGUCAGCAGCGAGCGUAAACGAGAACAUGAGCGUGCGAUGAAUGAAUGAACGUGAAUGGGUUCACAAUUUACACCACAAUCACCACCGGAACUGUUUCGCCUGUCACGCCUUGUGACGUUGCAUGUCAGACUCGGUGAGGAAUCAAGUGUCCCAGUCUAAAAGCGUGGAGCUAAUGUGGCUAAAGUGCAAAUUCUACAAGACUAAAUAACGCAAACAGUUUCCACUCCUCCAGUUAUUAUAUACAGUAUAUACAGUAUAUAUAUAUUUAUACUAUGCCAACCUACUCAAAAAUAUUUUUGGGGCACCUAACAUUAGCUAGCAAGCUCACACAAAUAAGGGAUGCCCAAAACCAACAUGGCUCCCUUAAGGUCACUGUGACUUUCUGGGGAAAAAAAAGUGUGGAAGUUCAUUUCCAACUUGAACAUUAUCAUUCUUAUCAUCUUUUUUUUAAAAUUGUUUUUAUGACUUUUCACACACGUUAUGCAUAUGAAGUGUGAAUGCCAGAUGAAUGCUGUCAUUUUUCCGUGCAUGUCCACCACAACUAGCAACGUGAGCGAGGUGAAAAUGUUGAAAGAAUGAGAAAAUGUUCAAUGAUGCAAUGCUCUGAUGUCACAUUUGGAUGCCUCCAACCUCAAAACAGACUGCACAUGGAAAAGCAGCUUCUUUUUUUUCCUGUGGGUCUCAGUGUGGAAGCUGAGAUGGAAUGACAAAUAAAAUUUUGGUUUAUCAGUACAACACACCGUGUCUUACUGUGUGUUCGUAAAAGCUGAAUAUUUGAUACGACUUGUAUGGGAAGUAUGAUUUAUUUGUUUCAGACAUGCUUCAUGAACUCAUGACAUGAAGACAAUUCAUGUCCAAAAAAGAAUUUAUAGAAUCCUACCCAUUGCCCAUGUCUAUUACUGAUAAUUCAUUCACACCGUAUCUUUUACAUGUU